AUCAUCAGAUCGUAAUAUCUUAUCUGUUAUUCCAAAUCUUAGCCUUAUCCUGCGCUUUUUUCUCCAAAUGUCCAUGGAAGAUACAAGGUGGGAGCAAAGACUCCAAGCCUUAACACACAUCCUAACAAGCCCCACAACAACACCAUCUCUGCACUCUCAAUUCUUCAUUGCCACACAAAUCCCCUGCUACCUCAAAUGGGAUUAUCCACCAAUCCUCUGCUCUGAUCCUUGGAUUCUCAAAAGAUGGGAAUGGUCAUUAUUCCUCAAAAGGGUCUUCAGAAUGGGGCUUCCUCAAACCUCUUGGAGGUCCAAGUGCCCAUUCCAGCAACCCCCACCAUUGAUUCUUGCCAAGGGAGUGGAUGAAGCUGAGUGGGGACACGAACAAAGGAGAGCUUAUGUUAGAAAGAGGCUGUCUAGGAAACACCUUGACAAAAAUGUUAACCCCCUUUUACCCAUUCUAAUUCCCAAUCUUUUGUUGUUGUCACUUUUGAUUUGGAAUCCAUUUCGCUCUCUUGAUUGAUGGGCAAUUUAAGAACUUUUUUUUUUUGGGUGGAGGUUAAAACAAUUUAGUUGCACUACAAAA